UACUUAUAUAUAAAUAUAUACAUGUAUAUUAAUAUAAGUGUUGAAUUUUAAUUGGUGUGUUUUCUCAACAACAAAAAAUUCCCCCAAUUUUAGUGUAUCUGAAUUACUAGUCCCAUUAAAUUAUUAUUUCUUUGCUAUUUCUUGUGGAUGUAUGCAUCAUGUCGGUACUAUUAACGAUUUUGAAGCUUUGUAUGUAGUGCUAUAAACAAAGAGAGAGAAAUCCAGAACUCUUUUUUUUUCCUUUUUAUUGUGGUAUUUAGGGAGAUGCCACACACUGUAAGUCUGCAACACACAACAGUGACAGUGCAAUUCAAAUUACCUAUGUCCUUUUUUGCAUAUGAACCAAACAUGGUUUUUAUUUCAUAGGUUUAAAAUCAAGACUACCUUUUUUUCUUCCUCAUUUAAGUUUCAUUGAGAUAUAUUCCAGUGUUAAUUUUUGAAAUCUUUGACUGAAAUAAAAAAGAGAGCAGAAAAGUUACAGAUGUUAUUUUCAAGAUGUUUGAUACUUCUAGUCAGUAAUUUUGUUAAUGGUUAACAUGUUUGAUAUAACAGCCAGUAAAAUUGUAUAAUGUGAGUUGUCAGCUUUUCAUAAUUGAAGCACUUUCUUCCCUUCCAAAGUAAAAGGAAAAUUAUUAAAUGUUUAGAUACCUUUACGGAACAAAUUCAUCUAUUUUUCGCAAAGUGUUUGUAACUAAUUUGAAAUAUUAGCUUUUUCUUUUUUGGAUUACAUGUAGCUUAUUGAAUGGUGUACUAGUGAGUCUGCAGUGAGAGGCUUCUUUGUUUAGUAGCAGCACACCUUACUGGUUUAUUGUUGAUGUUAUGAAAUCCCCUUCCCCUCCCUUCCUUACUAUUUUUUUUUCAUUGGAUGAUAAUAUAUGUAAAUGCCAUGUUUAAGCAAUGAACAGAAGUGUAUUUUGCAGAUAUUUUUUCAUUAUUAUGUAUGUCAUUCCGAUUUUCAAUAUACUAAUGAUGAAACCUUAUUCAGGGCUCGUAGUAGAAAAUUGUCUUAGCUCACAGUGCAAUUUGUGUUUUUUUGUGGUUGAGUGACCUUGUUGCAUCCUACUAAUGUAACUUGUUAUUAAUAUAUAUUUGUAGAAUUGUUCUUAGCCUUUUUGGCACUAAACUUCAGUUGUUAUUCCUCAGUUAUAAAAGCAGAAUUUUUCAAUUUAAUAUGAACCUCACCUUACAAGUCUUUCCCUACCUAGUUCUUGGUUAUAGUUGAUAUCAUUAUGUUUGUAUUUAUAAACAAAAAAAAAAGAUAAUUUAGAAAUUUAAGCAUGUUUCUAAAAUGUGCUAUACUGGGUUUCUUAUGACAUGUCUAAAUUAAAAGCCAGGAAUUACAAAGUGAGCAAAUGCAGAAAACAGUCUCGUGAUGGCCAUUCAUCAAAUUUAUUGGAUGCCUGAAGCCUGGUCAAGGUAUCAGUUAUUGUUGAAAGAAUGAAAGGAAUUUUUUUCUCAUUAUUUAUUUUUUUAGUAUUGUUGUCAUAUUCCCGGUAUAUGCACAGAAAGAAAGAGGGUUGAUAGAGUGUUGUAUAUCUGCAGUUUGUUGUAACUAAAUUCAUGUUAUCAAAUUUUGAUUCUUUCAAUUUAUUGUAUUAUAAGGAAUGUGUUUCCAUUGAAAUGUAAUAAUGAGUCUACUUUCUGGAUAGUGUAGUUGUGGCGUAUGUUGGUCACAACAGAAAAAAAAUGGUCCAUAGCCAUUUCAGCAGUGAUAACUUUGAUGUUAAUCUUUAAAUGUGUUUUACAAUUCUCUGCAAUUUAAACAGUUUUGACAACUUUUA